AUGCAAAGUUCAUCUCACCGCGUGGAACGGUGGGCUUGGGCGCGCUUCAUGAUCGUUUCCGAGCUUAAUGGGUCGGAACGAAGGUUCGGGCGCAUACACUGCCCGUACUUGAAAGGGCCCGCAUCCGUGAACCCACCUAUGGAUGCCGAGCCUUUUGGGUGGGUCCCGGCUGCAGCCGGCUCAGAUUGCGCUGCCCACAUGUCGCCGAAAGAGGCGCUGGUGCACAGCGUAGAUGCCAACAAGCUCGCUUUCCCAUGCCGUGCAGUUGAACCGCCGCGCUCGAACUCUGUUUUCCCUUCUCGUUGCAUGGGAGUGCGCAGUCUGCGUUCGGUGGGGCCUGCACUCGAUUCUCGAAUCGACACCUGCGCAGGAUCCACUUCUUACAACGCCCCUCGUCGGUGGGUUCGGUCCAAGUGGCUCGAUUCUGGCUACCGCAGACCGCCGGAAUCGAUCUCGUUUCAUUCACCCGCCCAUCGUGCGGCCGUGCUCACUACAUCGCUCUCACUCCGUGCUCCCACACCAUCGACGUUCGAAGGUCCGGCAUUGCGCCAACUUCCGACAUUGACUUCGUUACGCUCGUCCGGCUGCCACAGCCGCCUGUCCUUCUUGCCGAUUCAGAGCUCAACGAUCGACACGGCCUGCAUCGCUACCACAGCCGCCUUUUCAUUUGACACCGUCACUCUACUCCGUCGACAACACGAGGCAAACGACACUGGUCUCCUCUUUUCGAGCGGCAACCCGGAACCGCAGCCGCCGUCGGCGCGCCAACCUGCAUCGACCGAGAGCGGCUUCCUGGCGCUGGCGAGGCUCCUCAGUCCUUGUCUCCACGAGCGGAUGCACGCUGUUCUCGCAGGCUCUGAUCAGAGCAUAUAA